AUGUCUGACACCGACGAAGAGUACCCCUCCCAUUCACCAAUGACGACCGAAUACCCAACUUAUGAAAUCGACUGUAACGUAAUGACUGUAAUGGCGGCUAAACCUUGCUUAUCAGUUCUCCUAAAUCCUCCUGAAUACACAGAGACCCAGUCUGUCGUUGAGAGUAGCGAAUUGCCUGAAAUCGAUCCCGUAACCCCAGACACGAGCCCUACUUUCCAAAUAUAUUCCCAACCUCUGGAUGAUGACAACGAAGAAUUUACAAAUACAGGAAUCGUCUCGACGAAAGCAGAAGAGUCCGAGACCUCUGUAGAGUACGGGGACUACUCAGAGGAUAACAUUUCAGACAAUUCACUAGACGAUUUGCUAGAUAUGCCCCCGAGUCUUAGAGAAAGCUGCGGUCACCGACUGCCCGACAUUUUAGAUGAUCUGACAGGAAUCGAAGGUGAGACGACCUGUCGCUGUGUAAGCGAUUAUCUGACCGUAACGGCUGAGAAAAUUCUGAUCUCUCCGCCCGCUGACAAGCAGAAUCGAUCAACAAGCGACACUCGGGUAAUAGAGACGUUAAACGAGAAUGAAGUCAAAGACGAAACUUUGCAAGAGGCGGUAGGAGAUUGCAAUAAAGCAGACGAUAUUAUGAAACGUACUGAUAGCAAAGAAGGCGGUCUGAACGAACUGACAUUUGACGAGUACAGUUUCAGUGGUUUAGAGUUUCAAAGCACAAAUCUGAUUAGCAAGGAACACAGGAAGAAGUACCCGAUACGAAAUAGUGUUAGUAACAUACCCCAAUCGGCGGGGCUCCUGGAACUUACCAAGGAAGAGCGACGAAUGAUAAUUGACGAAAUGAUAUUGCUGAGGAAAGACACAAUUAAAGGAAAUCGUCGUCACAGUUGGACCGGAAAUCUAAAAUUAGGUAAGUUUUUUUUUUUUUUUUUUUUUCAUUUCUUUUAUAUAUCCUUCCUACAAAUGUAUUGUAAAUUAUAG